GAGGAUCUAACAUGGCGGCGCGUCUCGACCUCCGGCCUCGGCGGACCGUUGACGGUUGCCUUGGUCUUGACCUGAGUAACCAGGGUCUGACGUCCAUCCCGGAGGAGGUGUUUGACAUCACUGAACUGGAGUUUCUAAAUGUGUCCCAAAACAAACUCACCAGCAUCCCGGAAGCGAUCGGCCGUCUGUGGAAACUUGAGCGUUUGGGCGCUGACCGCAACAAGCUGACAAGUUUGCCACAGGCGAUCGGGUCUUUGCAGAAAUUGACAAUGCUGUACAUUUAUGAUAAUAAGCUGACAGAGGUUCCACCAGGGGUUUGUUCUCUGUCCAACCUUGAGGUGUUGGGUGUCAGUAAAAACAAACUUUCCACCUUACCUCCUGGUGUGGAAAAGCUGCAGAAAUUAAGAGAAAUGGGCAUUGAUGGUAAUCAGCUGACAGAGGUUCCACCAGGGAUUUGUUCUCUGUCCAACCUUGAGGUGUUGAAUGUCAGUAACAACAAACUUUCCACCUUACCCCUUGGUGUGGAAAAGCUGCAGAAAUUAAGAGAAAUGGCCAUUGAUGGUAAUCAGCUGACAGAGGUUCCACCAGGGGUUUGUUUUCUGUCCAACCUUGAGGUGUUAGGUGUCGGCCCAAACCCCAUCCGACGUCUCCCCGAUGAAGUCACACAACUCGCCAGGCUGAAGACUCUCAAGGUUCAAGACUGUCAGUUUGAAGAGUUCCCCAGACAGGUGCUGCAGCUGGAGACACUGGAGAGACUGUAUGCUAGCGGCUGCAAGAUCGACACCGUCACCGAUGAAGUGGGAACCUUACAGCACAUGUGGUGCUUGUCAUUGUCAAAUAACCUCCUCAGAACCCUGCCGAGUACCAUGAGUCACCUGCACGCCCUACGGGAGGUCUACAUCUACGGCAACAAGUUCGACACAUUCCCAGAAGUCCUGUGUAAAUUGCCUGCCAUGGUGAAACUGGACAUAAGUGACAACAACAUCACUAGGCUCCCAACCGCCCUUCACCUGGCAGACAAGCUGAAGGACUUGGAUGUUUCUGGAAAUCCCCUGACAUACCCUCCACAGGAUGUGUGUGCACAAGGGACGGGCGCUAUCAUUGCCUUCCUGAAACAAGAGGCAGAGAAAGGUAUUAAUGAAACGAUCCGCCAGAACUUCAACCGUCUGUCCGUGAAGGUGACACAGGCCCAGUGGAAACCGCUCGCCCGGAGCCUGGGGCUUAACCCAGGGACCAUCAAGGCUUCCGCCCCAGACGACGUUCCUGACCAGGUGUACCAGACCCUGGUGCAGUGGAAACUGAAGGAAGGUGAGGCGGCCACACUUCCCGCCCUGCAGCAGCACCUGAGAGAACUUGGCUUUGACCAGCUGGCAGAGCUGCUGCCACAGACACCCGGGGAGGAAGGACCGAAGCACCCAUCUGAGGCCAACAAAAGUAACAAAGUUGACGUGGGAAACUACUUCGACCAAGUCAUCACCAACGUGAGCUACAAGUGGCAGGACUUGGCCCGCAAACUGGGGUACCGGCGAGGCGAGAUCAGAUCCAUCGAAGCAACAGAUUCCUUGCGUUCCCCAAGUGACAAGUGUAGAGAAGUUCUUGAAAAAUGGAGAGAAAAACAUGCAAGUGAUGCAACUCUGCAGGUUUUACAGGAAGCCCUUAUCAACAUGGAAGAGCGGCUGACAGCAGAGAGCUUGAAAGACGACAUGCCAAGCAGGGAAGGCUUGUCUUCUUCUGACAAGUAGCAGUCGGUGCGAACAUCCACCAGUUAACGUUUUACUUGAUACGAGACCAAAGGAAUCCAGAUCUUGAGGUAUCGGCAUUGAGAACUUAACAGCAGAUAUAGAGUGCUUGUAAAAUAAGUGUCUGUAUUUUGUCUAUUAGUACAUGUGAUGAUGAUAUAUAAACCUAAAGUGAAAUAUACAAUAUGUGAACA